CAUUCCUUUCUUUUUUCCCCUCUUCCUUGGCAAUAUGCCUAUUGGUUUUAGCUUUCAUCUUUUCGCAAAUCGGAUACCCAAAAAACAGCGCAGUUUAUGCAGACUAAGAUAAAUGCUUUCUUUAAGCCCCAAAACCCAUCAUCAUCAUCCACCAUAACCCCUACCCAAAAUCUUCCUCCAUUCAAUUCUGAAACUAGUAAUACCAAAACAACCAUUUCAAGUAACAAUGAGACUGGCAGUCACAGUGUUGUAAAUGCUCCCAAGACUGUAGGUGUCCAGAUGCCAUCCACCACUAUCUCAAGCAAAGUCCUAAAUGUUAAGAGACGUUAUGCACAACUUCACCUGGAUUUGGGGCAGUCAGAUUUUCUUCUUCAUACUUGCUCUACUUGUGGUGUGAAGUAUGCUUGUGGGGAUGAGGCAGAUGAAAAGCUUCACAAGGAAUUGCAUAAGGACUACCCUCAUGGCAUCAAAUUCAAGGUUGAAAAGGUUCUGCAAAUGAUGGAGGUUGAAUUAGGAAGCGGAAGUCUGAUCCACAAGUUAUGCAAGGUGUAUCUGUUUAUAGCCUACAGAGCUGUAUCAAAAUCAGGGACUUCAAGAAACCAGGAAAAUGCGGGUUCCGAGAACAAUAAACAAGAACCAUAUUUACUCAAAAUUGGAGGAAACAAUUUGCAGAGGCAAGUUGUAAAGAAGCCUCCUAAACAAUUAUCGUUGAUCGGUCUUUGUAUGUUUUAGUCAAUAUUUAGAGCUAGUAAAGUAACACCAUAUGCUGAAGCUGAGUCUCUCACAUCAGACUGAAUGAUUCUACAAAAAUUUCCUCAGAGUGAUGAGAACUAUUGAAGAUACAAAAGGUUCAUGUGAUCAUCUUUGAUUUGCUUCUGAGGCCUUUUGACCUGCUGGCUUUCCCGAUGACAAUGUGAUUAUGUACGUACAUGCGCAAAAUUUCCUCAGAGGGAUUUUUGCUGGUCCAACAAUACAGAGAAAAGCACUUACUUUAGCGUGACAACGUGCAUUUGUAGUUCUGUUCU